AUGAAUGCCAACGGGCUCAAAGCUGCCUUGGUCCAGGGGCCCCUCCUCGACCAGGCCGUCUUGCCCCUCGAAUUGCGGCUUGCCGUUGCACUCCUCGCUCUCUUGUCCGUCCCCUUUGUCUUGCGGGCCCUUGCCCUGCUCACCAGGAUGCUCGCCCCUCUGCCAUGCUGGAGAUUCGGCCACGCUCUCGAGCUGCGACGGCGCGGGGCCCGAUACCUCCAUCAGCUCAUCGUCAACACACCGGCCGAGAUAUUCACCAUUGACGUCUUGUUCAAGAAAGUCUUGGUUGUCAACCCUUCUCUCGACCGGGUCCUGGCCAAGCACGUCCACGAGACCAGCUUGGCUCGGGUCAUCUCCAUCAUCGGCCAAAAGUCCCUCGAGCUGAGUGACAAGGCCGUUGGCACAAUUGCCGAGUACGACCCGCGCCCGGCGCACUCGCAGCUGUUUGCGGCUUCCCAAGGCUCGGCAGCCCUCGCCGAGACGUCCGGCUGCUACAUCCGCGAGCAUGUCCUGAGACAGCCGCGCGAGCAGCAGGUUUUGGUCGGAAAAUGGAUGUUUGACCUGGUGGUCGGGGCCUCGGCCCAUACACUCUGGGGACCGCAGAAUCCGUGGAACGAGGACCACGAGUUUAUGAGGCAGUUUGUGAUCCUGAGCGACAACUUCGAAUCGCUCUCGCUGCCCAUGGCCCGGCUCGCUUCCCGGCGGGCGUACCGAGCGCGGCAAUUCCUGAUUGAGAGGCUCAUGACCUUUCACCGCGAGCACCCGCAGGGCGUCGAGACGAGCGUGGCGCAUCGCAUCAAUGCCAUUGCCAUGAGCGACCAAGACUGGCAAAGCAACGUCGACUACUAUCGGUGCGAGCUGCUCGAGGCGCUGGGUCUCUUGCCCACGGCGAGCACCUUGUCGGUCUGGCUGGUGCGCCAUCUGCUUGCCGACCCCGAGCUUCGCCGCAAAGUCACUGAAGAAGUGCGGCGGGUCGAGCCGGCAAAGGACGACGAUGAGAGCCACGGCAACACGACUUCAAGCUCUUCCUGCUCGCCAUCGGGCCGCCUGGACUUGAGCGACAUACGGACAAGGUGCCCUCAUCUGGUGGCGGCGUGGCACGAGACGCUCCGGCUUCACGUCACGGCCGUCCCCCGCGUGGUCACGGGCGACUUUGAGCUCCCGGUGCCCUCGCGAGCGACGCCCGUGGCGGUGAAGGAGAAGGACGUCAUCCUACUGCCCAUGCUCGCCUUCAACCUGGAUCCGCAGACAUGGGGCCCCGACGCCGGGACCUUUUCGGCGGAGCGGUUCCUCGACGGCAGCGGACGGCUGAGCACGCAGCGGACUCGCAAGGUGCGCGGCUUCGGGGUGGCGGGAAACCUGUGCCCCGGCCGCAACUUUGGCUUCGAGACGGCCAUGGCGGCCGUGGCGACGCUGCUGCACGACUUUGACGUGGAGAGCGGCGUGUGCCCUGCGCCGAGGCCCAUGGCGGGCAUGAACGUUGGCUUCGAGCGUCUGGCCGACGACGUGCCGGUCAGACUGACGCGGGUGGGCCCCAUGUGA